UAAUCCACCCACCUGUCUGGGCUCUGUGAUCCCAGCGCAACGGCCGAUCAGAGCAGCAGCAGCUGCUUCGACGCCCCGCCGCCGCCGCCGCAGCGCAUCCAGACCCCAGGUCCAUUGGCGCGGCCGAACCGUCCUCCCCCGUCGGCCGCGAGCCCCACCUUCGCGCAGGCUCCGGCCGGCCUCAGAGGAGCUCGGGCACGGGCUGCCACCGCACGAUCCUGCGCCGGCGACCGUUUGCCUCCGCCGCCGCCGCCGUCGCCGCCGCGAUAUCUCUUGGUACGCUCUUCUUCUGAGGACUAGAGCCGCCACCGAUGGCGGCCGUGGAGUAACAUCCCAAAGCUGGCGCCUUUGUUUCCGUUACUUGCCACACUGUCUGCGGUUCCAGCUCGGUUUCCCCAUGAUCCUCCGCAGCGCAUUGAGGGCCGCCGGCAGGCUCAGGUGGGUUCCUCGGGUCCAGCCCGUUGUGGAGCGCAGUGAGUCGUACCUCGCGCCACACCGGUGUGCUACUGCUUCCCCUUUUUGGGAUGUUCAGGAACCAUCACCGACUUCGAGUUGUGGGUUGGCUCCGGUUGGUCACGGGUAUCAGUUGCGGCCUUACUCAGCUGCUGCUGUCCGCCGUAGGAAGGAGAAACCCUUGGGUAAGGAUGAUGAUGAUGAGGGGGUGGAUAAGGAGCUCAAGAGAAUUGAGAGGAGACGUGUGUACUGGACCGCACAGCAGACUUUCAUGGAGUACCUCCAUGUCACACGGGGGCUGCUCUUUGCCGAUGCGGAGCAUAUAAGCAAGCACUCUCCUGCGUUUGUGAGCAAGCUGCUAGACGAGGUGAAGGAUGCUAUCGAGGACCCUGUGGAGGGGGGUGAGGAGGUGGUGUUCAGGUCGAAGGUGAAGAAGACUGAGGCGAGGGAUCAGAGGGCCACUAAGGCGUUGGUGCGGCUGUUCCGGUACCAUCCUAUCAACGAGUUUGAGCCGUUCUUCGAGAGCAUGGGCCUCAAACCAGGCGAGUAUUAUUCCUUUCUGCCUCGGGAUCUCAUGUUUCUUGCCGAUGAUGAGCGAUUGCUGGAGAACUACCACGUUCUUUGCAAUUAUGGGUUUAUGCGCACAAAGAUAGGGAAGAUAUACAAGGCUGCUGCAGAGCUUUUUAGUUCAGGUGACAAUUUGCUUCCAUCUAAGCUGAGUGCUCUUGAGGAUCUAGGGUUCAGUAAAACAACUGUAAUAAAGCUUGUGACCUCUUGCCCUGACAUACUGGUGUGUGACCUAAAUGCUGAAUUCAAGAUCAUGCAGUGGCUAGAUGAUGCUGGCAUUCCAAGAGACUGGAUUGGUCAAUUCUUAUCUGUACGGAAGUCGUAUAAUUGGAAAAAGAUGGUCGAAGUUCCGCAAUUUUUCACUGAAUUGGGAUUUGAUAAGGAGGGUAUUGGUAACUUGAUCAGACAAAACCCAGAUUUCUUGUUAGAUGGUUCUGGGAAGGAACUGUUUAGAGCAGUUACAAUCAUGCUGAAAGCAGGGUCUGGGAAAAAGGGUCUAUUCAAUCUUUUCCUGGGCUUCCCAGAUGUACCCACCAGGAAUUUCACAAGAAACAUACAGAGUGGUAUACUAUUGUUAGCUAACAUUGGUGCAAGUGAUGAGGAUAUUAAGCAGUUCGUAAAUGCAAAUGCGUCAAUCCUUGGUUCUGCCCGAGUGAAGGCAGCCAACAGCAUUCUUACAAAUCUCAGUGUGGGAAAGACGCGUUUGUGGAAGAUUAUAAAGGAGGAGCCACGACAAUUGAUGAAAUACACAUUUGGGUCAAAGCUUGGCCGCCUGCCCCCUUGUGACAGGAGUACUGACAAAUCACUGUUGGAGAAGGUAAAAUUUUUGAAAGGCAUAGGAUUUGUGGAAGGCUCUGAGGAUAUGAAGAAGGCACUCAAAGCUUUCCGUGGCAAGGGUGAUGAACUACAAGAUCGGUUUGACUUUUUGGUUAAGACUGGACUUUCCCCGAAGGACGUAGUGAGCAUGAUCAAGACGUCUCCACAUGUUUUGAACCAGAAGAUACAUGUCCUUGAGUCCAAGAUAUCUUUCCUUUUAAAUGAGACAUCUUAUCCCCUAAGUGCUCUAGUUGCGUUCCCCUCAUUCUUGUCAUUCACUGUAGAGAGAACGAAAGUUAGGUUUUUAAUGUACAAUUGGCUGCAAGAAAGGGGGUUGGCUGCUCCCAAUUUUGCUCUAGCCACUUUCCUAGCUUGUUCAGAGAAAGAUUUUAUGAAGUAUUUUGUAGGAAAACAUGAAAUGGGUCCAGAGGUCUUUGAGAAGUUCAAGAGGGAGGUGGCUGAAACAAAAAACAUGCAUUGUACUUCAGAUGAUUAGUAUGAUAUUCUUUGUUAAUUGAUA